GGGGCCUCUAAGAACAAGGUGACGGUCUCCAAACACGUCUGGGAUUUCCUGACCAAGGAGAGUCCGGCCAAGUUGACCCGUUUGAAGGAAGAAACCAAAGUGACCAUCAUCUGCCCGGCCAGGAAAGCCCUCAAAGCUCUCGUGAAAGAGACGGAGAAAGAGUUGAAGAAGAAAACUCAACGUCACGGUGACACCUUGAGUUGUGUCACCACCAUCUUGGAACCCAGCGGAGCUCUGGGCAACCGCCUGGCGCUGCGGCUGCAGCGCAGGGGGGACAGGUCCCCGGGGCCGGGACAGUCCUGGGGACACGACGUCUUCACGGCCACCAGCCCCGAAAUCGUUCUGGUGAGUGGGGGAGGAGGAGGAGGAGGAGGAGGAGGAGAGGAAGAACCCGAGCGUCAGUGUCCCAUCUGCCUGGGCGAGAUCCAGAAGAUGAAGACGCUGGAGAAGUGUCGCCACUCGUUCUGCGAGGACUGCAUCACGCGGGCGCUGCAGGUCAAGACGGCCUGUCCCAUGUGCGGCCGCUUCUACGGGCAACUGGUGGGCAACCAGCCCCCCAACGGGCGCAUGCUGGUCACCCGCGACGCCGGGCUGCUGCUCCCCGGCUACGAGAAGUUCGGCACCAUCAUCAUCCAGUACGUCUUCCCGCCCGGCGUCCAAGGG